GUGCUGGAACCUCAGGUGGAAAAGUCAGCUUUGUUCCUGGCGGAAGCAAGGAGAGGGGGGCCUUGUAGGUGCCCGCGCUCCCCUCAGAAAGGUCACUGGCGCAGGCACUGAGGGAUAUUUGAGGGCGGAGACAAGGAGGAGGCUGUGUGCUUACAAAGUCAGUGACCUGCCUUUAAAAUAGCAAGUGAACACUUGCUGCUGUGAGGACUGUGCCUGGCGAGGAGGUGGUCCUGUCGUGCGGGUGGAGUUACCAGGCUAGGGCCUCCUCACUCCGCCAUCCGCGCGCCCACGCUGAAGUAGGACAAGGUGUGCCGGAGAAGGCCGCUUGCACCUGCGCUGCCACCUUCUAGCUGGAUCCUGUGACUCUUCGGGGCACUCCUCGUUCAGUGGAAGGGGGCAUUGUAUGCCUGUCCCUAGGAGGUGUACUGAUGCUGAAGGACUAUGAGCUUUCAGAAGUUCUGGAAAGACUAUAAAGUUCUGAUUGUUAUGGUACCUGUAGUCGGACUCAUACACUUGGGGUGGCACAAAAUCAAAAGCAGCCCUGUUUUUCAAGUACCGAGUAAGGACGACGUUCCUGAACCAGAUAGUCUGGCACUUGCAAAUCCUCAGAAGAGCCACGUCCAAGGGAAAUAAGAGACUUGCAGUCUUUGGAAAGAAGCAGCUUUGAAUCACCUUGAUAUUGAAAGAGGAG